ACCCGACCAGCGCCCACACACUGCCGCUCCGUGUGACGUAUGCUGUUACGUAACAAGCGGAACUACUACCUAAUGAAAGCAAGCAGCCCCCUGGUUGUUCGUUCGCCACAGCAGCUGCGGGACGCUAUACCAACAGGUGACAGGAUGGACACCCAGAGGCAGCUUGUGGACAGGUUGCGGUCAACGUUUCGUUCAGGCAUCACAAUACCGGAGACGUUUCGUCAAACCCAGCUGACCAUGCUUAUGUCCAUGAUCCAAGAUAAUGAGGACCAGAUUUUAAAUGCACUGCACAAAGACCUUGCAAAGCCAAAAUUUGAGGCCGUUAUGUCCGAGAUUGAUAUUGUGAUCAACGAGCUGCACUACGCCAUUGCUAACCUCGCAAGCUGGAUGAAGCCAGAAUAUGCCGGCACAAACCUGGCCACAAAGUUUGAUGACUGUUCUGUGCGGAGGGAACCAUUAGGAGUUGUGUUGAUCAUUGGGCCGUGGAACUAUCCCCUGCAACUCCUUAUCGUACCUUUGAUUGGAGCCAUUGCUGCAGGAAACUGUGCGGUCAUCAAGCCUUCAGAGGUCAGCGCCGCCACAGACAGUCUGAUGGCAGAGCUCAUCCCCAAAUAUUUGUCUCAGGACUGUUAUGCGGUUGUUUCUGGAGGAGCAGAGGAGACCAAGGCACUUUUGCAGAAUCGCUUUGACCACAUCUUCUACACAGGUUCUCAGGCUGUGGCCCGCAGCAUCCUGCGGGCAGCCUCGGACCACCUGACCCCCGUGACGUUGGAACUGGGCGGCAAGUGUCCGUGCUUGAUAUACGGCAAGGUGAACAUGGCCUCCGCCGCUCAGCGCUUGGUGUGGUCAAAGUAUUUUAACGCCGGCCAGAGCUGCGUGGCUCCGGACUAUGUGCUGUGCUCGCAGGCCACCCGGGACGCCCUGCUGCCCGCACUGCGCCAGACCCUGGAGGAAUUCUACAGCAAGGACCCUCAGACCUGUCCCGACGUGUCCCGCAUCGUGUCACCCCAACACUGGACGCGACUGAUGGAACUGCUCAACAGGUCCAGAGGCAAGGUUGUCGUGGGAGGAGAAAGCAACCAGGAGGACAAGUACAUAGCUCCCACAGUGGUGGUGGACGUGGCGGAAGACGACGCCCUAAUGGAGGAGGAGAUCUUCGGCCCCAUCCUGCCCAUCAUCACUGCCGAGUCCCUGCAGCAAGGCAUCGACUUUGUCAACCGCAAAGAGAAGCCUCUGGCCCUCUAUGUCUUCUCUGAGGAAUCCUCCAUAGUAAACGCUGUGCUGGAGAAGACCAGCAGUGGAGGAUUCUGCUCUAAUGACGGGAUCGUCCACAUGACCCUGCCGACCCUGCCCUUUGGGGGUGUAGGGGGCAGCGGUUGGGGCAGUUACCACGGCCGCUGGAGCUUCGAGACGUUCAGCCACCGGCGGGCCGUCAUGCUGCGCGGCUGGGCUCUGGAGAGACUCAACAGCCUGCGCUACCCGCCGUACAGCGAACAGAAGCUGAGCUGGCUGCGCUGGACCACCUCAGCCAAGUCCAGCUGCUCACUCAUGUGAUGACAGGCAGCGUGUGUGUGUGUGUGUGUGUGUGUGUGUGUGUGUGUGUGUGUGUGUGUGUGUGUGUGUGUGUGUGUGUGUGUGUGUGUGUGUGUGCGCGUGUGUGCACGUGCAACUGGAUGUAUGUAUAUAAAUGGGAUUAAUCGUUCUUUUUUAAAAAAAUUUUAUCUGUGUUUGUGUGUAUUACUGGAUGCUCGUGCAUUGUCUGUGCCCCAGACCUCUGUCACACCGUACUCAUCUUUCUGUCACCAUUAUAUUUGGAUCUUUGUAUCUCCAGUGCUUUUAGAAUAUACACUUAGUGUUUUAUUUAUUUGGGUUGGCACAACACAUGUUAUUUUAUUGGUAAGACAAAUUAAACUGGCUCAGGUAUGUAGAAUGCCUGCUUAUUUUGUAUCCUCUUGCACUCCUAUUUCGACAUGGAUAAAAGUAAGUUACAGUGUUUGUUUUUUUUAAUAACUUUUGUCAUUGUAAGUCUUUUGUAUUGUUUUGGUUUAUUUUCUCUUGGUGUCUGCUGGGGUUCAAAUGUCUUGUCUGUGUUUUUAAUACUGUUUUUCAUAAAAUUCCCCUCCUGCAUAUAAUAAUAAUAAUAAUAAUAAUAAUAAUAUAUACUUUAUUAAUCCCGCAAGGGGAAAUUGCAG